CUUCUCUAACAAAUACACACAUAUUAUCACUCUCAUUUCACCCCUCAUUUUCUCUAGAUUUUCAUGGCUCCUUCCUUCUACAAGAUCUUGCUAGACCCAUCAACCCGUCACUUGUCAUUGCCACCUGAGUACGUAACCAUGCAUCUGGUGAACAAAAUCAGAAAUAACCCAAUAAUCCGAUCGGCAAACGGAGGGUAUUCGUGGCGAUUAAAGAUCAAACAAAUCGGUGAUGAUUAUUGUUUUGUUGAUGGAUGGAACAAUGUGGUUAAAGAUAUCCAGUUGGGUUUUGGUGAUUUUCUUUUAUUUAAGCUUGUUGAUCAGUCCACCUUUAGAAUGUCAAUAUAUAGUCCAGAUGGGUGUGAAAAGAUUUUGCAACCAAAAACUGACCAAAAUGGGUGUGAAAAAAUCUUGACUCCAAAAAUUCUACAUGAUGACGAUGAUGAAGAUGUUUCGGGUGAGUUUGAAAAUGUUGAUGAUGAUCCUUUCUUUGUGAAGACUUUCACUAAAAGCCACAUAAGACGGUUGCGGUUUCCGAAGGAAUUUGCGGCGAAGGCUGGAAUAAAUUGUGAAGGAACCAUGAGGGUGAAGAACCUUGAUGGAGGAGAAUGGGUUACGGAUGUGAAGUUGGACACAACGUUUAAAACAAAAAGGUAUCUUUUGUCGUCCGGGUGGUGGAGUUUCAGGCGUGGAAAUAAUUUAUCGGAAGGAGAUAAAUGUGUAUUCAAGUUCAUCAAAAGCGAACGCAAAUUGUUACUAGCAAAAGUCACCAAGAAAAAAUAGAAGACAAAGGUGGUGAAAAGGACUAAGAAGAUCAAGAAGGUGUAGAGGUUAUGAAGCACAUCCACCUAAGACUGUGAAUUGUGGAUGUCUCUCAAUGAAAAUUUAGUGUUAUGUAUUUUGGAAACUUACAAAUAUGACUAACUUGAAUUGUUCGAACA